GGAUGUGUUCUAGAUGCUUCAGCCUCAAGGAGAUGAUCGAUGCCUUGGAACCUGCCCUCCUGCAACUAUGACCCCAUGUAUUGCUGAUUUUCUGCUUCUCAGGACCCUCAGCUCCACGUGAUGGACUUGUGUGGGGACACACUAGCUCUCUAAACUCUCCCAUGAGCCGUGUCUUGCUCGAUCCCUAACUGACAGGGAUGACUGAGUCUGGAGGUGAUCUCUUUGUCUCGAAUGAAGGGAGCCUGGCCUGCUCAGAGGGGCUCCGAGAAGCAGAAGUAUCAGUAUGUGCUAUCAUUUAAGUCAGAGAUUGCUAAUUGGCAGAAUCCAUCUACUAGUCUUAAGCCCACUACUUAAUGUAGUUGUUAACUACCUGAUCCUUGCUUUUUAAGUCCUCACUGUAAUCUAAUUUCUGUUCUCUUGCCACCAAACUCUAGGCCCCUGUUAUGGUUCUGGAUAAGCUCAAGUCCUCUCUUGGGUUACUUUAUUUGCUCCAUUCAGGAUAGAGAGCUCUGAUCCAGAACAAACAACUCAUUCUUUCUCCCCUCACCUCCACAGGCUUGAGAAUAUGCUGUUCCUUCCUCCCCUUUCCACCAUGGACCUCGAACUGUGGCCUUUGUCUCAGGACCUCUGAGACUGGUACCCAGGCAAGGCAAAAUGCCCCUGUCCCCAACAAGACUGCCUAGCCCCUAUGGCUCUGAUCGGCUGGUACGGCUAGCAGCCAGGCUCAGGCCAGCACUAUGUGAUACCAUGAUCACCGUGGGGAGCCAGGAGUUCCCUGCACACAGCCUGGUGCUGGCAGGUGUGAGCCAGCAACUAGGCCGCAGGGGUCACUGGACUCUGGUGAAAGGAAUUAGCCCUUCCACUUUUGAGCAGCUUCUGUACUUUGUUUACGGAGAGAGUGUUGAGCUGCAACCUGGGGAACUGGGGCCCCUUGAGGAGGCUGCCAGGGCCUUGGGGGUGCAGUCCCUGGAAGAGGCAUGCAGGAAGGCUCGAAGAGACAGGGCUAGAGCAGAGUUUAGUCAAGGGCUGAAGGAACAUCAGAAGCCAGAGAAACCCACAAGGGAUUCUGAGAGUGGAGUGGGGGACCUUGGAGAGCAGAGACCAGAGAAGUUUAUUAGAGCUGGUGGGAGAGAACAGGAGAUGGUGCAGGAGCACAGGCCACUGAGAGAGAGCUCUGAGAUAGCAGAGGCAAUGCCGGAGGAUCAGAGGGAGCAUAUGAGAUCAGAGGAGAAACUCGACCAAUCCCUUUUUGGCCACGGGGGAGUAGGUAGGAAACAAGAAGUGAUCAUGUGGGUGAAGGAGAGUCCAGGGGGCUCUGAGGAAAGUUUAGGGAAGUUGCCUGGCCCCCCACCCCCACCAGGUUCCCUCCAAACCAGCAGCAUCACCUCUAGGCCCUGGUGGGCUGAGGCCCCUUGGUUGAGGGAGAGCCAGCCUGCCCUGUGGAGCCUCCUGCUAUUGCCGCCCAGAUAUGGCACUCCUUUCUCCCAUAGUACUUCCAUCAGUGCAGCCUGGCAAGAGGUCUGGCCUCAGGAUCAGAGGAUUCCACUGUCCCUGAACCUCCACAAAGGGCUCAGGAGCCAGAAUCAGUUGGCCUUCUCUAGCUCUACCUCAGGUUCCCUCCCCCAGGGCCCCGCAAAGCUCAGCCCUGGGGAGAUGGAAGAGUCUGAUCAGAGGCACACAGGUGCACUUGCAACCUGUGUGGGUCAUGUGGGCAAAGCAGGCUGCCCAUCUCGCCAACAGCCUUUCAGGCCUCCUCCUGCUCGGUCCAGGCCCUAUUCUUGUUCUGUCUGUGGAAAGAGGUUUUCACUCAAGCAUCAGAUGGAGACACACUACCGAGUCCACACAGGAGAGAAGCCCUUUUCCUGUGGCCUCUGUCCCCAGCGCUCCCGGGACUUCUCGGCCAUGACCAAGCACCUGCGGACACACGGGGCUGCACCCUACCGCUGCUCUCUGUGCGGAGCCGGCUGCCCCAGCCUGGCCUCCAUGCAGGCACACAUGCGGGGCCACUCGCCCAGCCAGCUCCCGCCGGGAUGGACCAUUCGCUCCACCUUCCUCUACUCCUCCUCCGCCUCUACCUCCUCGAGGCCAUCCUGGGACUCCACCUCCAAGUAGGUCCCCUGCCUCCUCCACCUGACGGGAUGGCAAUAGCUUCUUUGGCUGCAGCUAAAGAAUGAAAGAUAUAAAGACAGGCCGGCGGGCUGGCUAGGCUUCUGACCCGGCACCCCGGCUUUGGCAGCCUAGCGAAUUCGGCUAAGAAGCAUCGCGGGAAGGGCCCCGAGAGCCCUCUCCCGGUGACCAAGGACCGCAGAAGCCUGGACUGGCGAUCCCGUGUGGGGCGAGGGCAGUGAGGUUUGCACAAGUGAAUCUUAACUGUGUGGGGACUGUUGAUUUCAUUACUAAAAUAAAGCGUUGUCUGUGCCUUCCUCUCAG